AAUCCGAGUAAAACCACUGAUUUUGCCAAAGACAUGUUGACAAGUACAACCAAAAUUAAGGCGCCUGCUAAAAUCACCACAAACAAACAGACGUCUGGGGAAAAGAGUGAAAUACUUUUGUUACUGAAGAAUAUAGACUACAGCAUUAAAAGAUUAGAUCGUCAACAGAGGAGUUUGAAGGCUGAAGUCAAAAUUAUUCAGAGAUAUCAACAACAUACUCACGGACAGAUUAAAAAGAUAAUAUUAAAUCAGAAUACACAACCUCUUCCAAAACAACAGCUACCAAAAACAACAUUACCUGGGUCUUCGGUGGAUGAAUGUAUUCAUGGUGAAGUGCUACAAGAGAAUAUCCGAAUGUUAGUUAAAGGCAUAGACCUGUCGAAUGGCUUCAUAACAGAUGAAAUGCUAGCGACUGGAUGUUUAACUGAUGAAGAAGUCGACGAAUUAAAGGAUUUGGGUAAACAGGACAAAAUUAGAAAACUAAUAUCAGUAUUGGGAAGAAAGAACAAAAGAAAAUUUUCUAAUUUUCUGGAAAUAAUUUCAAAACAAGAAUUCUACCCGCAUGUUGCGAAGUCUCUGAAGACAUCAUACGAGAAAAAGCUACAAGAAAAUCAAAACGUAAAGCAUAGCGAAUGCAUCCACUGCUUUCUCGUUCAAAAUGUAGAAAUCAGGCGAAUUGUGGAUUGUCUAUGUGAACAUCAGUUUAUUAGGCUUUCUGAUUUUGAAAAUUUUAUCAAAGGUGGGAAAAAUAAUAAAGAGGAGUUUUGGCUACAAGUUUUCCAGAAAAUUUCUGAUCCCAUAUGUGGGGAAAGUAAUUUUUCAGUAUUUAAGGAUGCUCUCCGAGACCAUUAUCCUCAUAUUGCAAGGAAAAUCGAGUGCAGGAACCAUUUGAAAUGUUGCUGCCACCCGGACAUCUUGUCCUAUCCCAGUGGUAGCGUUGGCGAUUCUUCAGAGAUCAGCACAACAACCACAGUUAUUCCAAAUACCAAACCAGAGACAUGUCGAUGGGUGGAGAACACUUGCAAUAUACGUGAUCUCACGGAAGAAAUUCAGGAAGCAGAUAGUGAAAUUUUACAAAGUGAGCACGAUGGAAACUUUACACAAAUCUUAUCAUCAGCUAAAUUAGGCACAAAUUUGGAAUAUGAAAAGUUUAACACUGGAAAAUUAAAUGUCACGGCAAAUAUUACACACCACACAAAAACAUUUAGAAGUAGGUCAGGGCGGAGACAUGUCAGUUACUUACAAAAACCAAGAUUUAAUAAAAACAAAUAUACAUGGAUCAAUUCAAAUGCUGUUUAUAAGCCAUUUGAUAACAAAUCAAAAAAUCGAAAGCGAAGCUAUAAUAAUGCAUUUGUAGCGAACGAAGCAGAUAGACUGAAUGUUAGUCCUUCAACAAAAGCAAAUUUUGGGCAUGUACAAUUGGAAAAUGUUGGAGAGAAUCAAUUUCGAUUAUCAAAAAAAGAGCCGGACAAGAGAAGUGGAACUGUACGUGAUGGUAAAUCAAUCUUUUCCAAAGAACAAAAUACACCAUUGAAGAAACCAAUACCACCAAGAUCAGCUCUUACAUAUGUACGAGAGAGAGGAGAAACAACAGCAAGUAAAAUGAACAAACAAUUGUCAAACUUCAACCAACAAAAAGCAAAGUUCUCACAGAAUAACCACACUGACAGGCCAACCAUCAUAAGAAAUGACAUAAGAGUUACGGUAAACAGAGAACAGGUCCCUGUAGAUUCCACAAUAGAAAAUCCUAAAAUAAGAAGAGUUAAUUAUUCAACAGAUCCUAAAAAUAACCCUGAUCAUAACAAAGUGGAAAAGAAACCAGCACCCAGAAAGACAUUUACACUACCCUUCAAGAGGUAUGAAGAUGAAGAUUCGCAUGGAAGGCGAGAAUAAAUAAUGUCAUCCAACGUGCCUAGAAAGUCUGGUGUCUGACAACGCAUACUCCAGCACACCCAUAUGUCCACAUCUUA